GAAACAUGUGCCGUUUAACGCAAGUCUGUUGUUUGUUCCCUGAAAGACAGAAGGCUUUGUCAGGGUAUAAAAGGGGUUUCAAGUUUUUAAACGUCUGGGGUCCAGGGUUUGUUCUUACACCGAGAAAUAUCAGCAGAAACAAAAAUGUCCAUGAAAAGGUCCUUAACCACCGAUUUUUUUUUGGCUGUACUCAUCCACUCUUGUCUAAACCUGCCGGGUGCUCAAGGUCAGACGUCAGAUGCUUCACUAUGCUACAGACAGUGUUUGGCUACAUACAACCUGUACGCGUCGUUCGUCAGCUCCACUUACUUUAUACAGAACUACAUGACACAGUGUGCCAAGAACUGCCCAGGGGGAGUCCCGCAGACUACAGUGAGUCCAACACUACCAACCAGUACACGAACUACCUUAAGGACACCUGUUGAUGCCACCUACGAAUGUGGCCCCAACCACUCCAGAUAUAAAACCGUCCCCCACGAGAACGCCAGCGAGUGUGAGUUCCCCUGGGUCGUGGCCGUCAACGCUGGGUCCCUCUUCUGUGGCGGGACAAUCUUGGAUUCGAGGCACAUCCUGACGGCAGCGCAUUGUCUGAAGGACAGGCAAACAGGCGCUGUUCUGCCGGCAUCCAGUGUCAUUGUCGGUGUUGGCUCAUCCAAUGUCAAGAAACUUCAGAGCUAUUACGUCACUAGGGUCAAUGUGGACCGCAGGCACGUGGCUAACAUCAACGAUUAUGACGUAGCGGUGCUCACCUUAGCGAAACCACUGACAUACUCCUACUGUGUAUCACCUGUAUGUCUGCCUAACGUCAAUGAUGACCCAAGAAAUGCUGAGUACUGUGUAGCUGCCGGAUGGGGCGUGGACAGUUUCUAUUCUAGCCGCCUGUUCUACGACCUGGGUAAAAUUGAGCUGCCUAUUGUAGAGUCGGCCUUGUGUCAGACGUCGUAUGGCAGUUACAUCAACGACCUCAAGUUCUGUGCCGGCAACUUUAAGGAGGGCGGGAUAGAUACCUGUCAGGGCGACUCGGGUGGACCUCUGAUGUGCUUGACCAACGGCCGCUGGGUGGUCCACGGCAUCGUGUCGUUCGGCUCGGGUUGUGCACGGCCCUACUACCCAGGGAUCUACACUCGGGUGGCCAACCGUCAGAUCUCGGACUUUAUCACCACAGCACUUCAGUUCUAGCCUGCCGACCCCGUGGUGGACACCGCACGCCAGUACUAUCAUAACAGCAUUCUCAAAAUGUCAAUAGAAACGUUUAAUUGUAAAAAGAAAAUGUGAUAUCUAUUGUUUUAAAACAGGAAUAUAUUUAUUGUUAAUUUUGUUCGAGAAUAAAAAGAAAUAUUUUUGG